AUGAGAUAUACCCCCACAGGUCAAACUGCUUUGGAUAAUGUUAAAUAUUAUCCUCAAAAACCAAAUGGAGAAAGGAUAAGAGUUUCUUCUCAAAAUAAAGUUCAUCCAGGAUAUAAGCGACCCGAUGGCACUUAUUCAGAUGCCCGAGUUUUAACCAUUCAUGAACUACUAAUACUCUUUUCCCUUCCCACUGAUUGA